AUGGAUUCACGACCAAGCAGGCCGUCAACGCCCAUAUCGGCCAGCAAUGGCAUACUUGAAAAUGGAGAAGUGAUGAGGGCAAGGAGUAAAGGACGCGAGAAACUGCUCCGAGGUCUCCAGCGUAUCUCAUCAUCACCGGCCUUGGCUCCUUUUCAACGCCAAAGGUCAUCGAGCAGUCCCUACCACGGCCAUAGCAAUCUGUCAUGCGUUAGUCUGGCUACGCCCAGUGCGCCAUCUCCCUUUGGUCAGACCAGCAUCAGCUCUUCAUACUUCUCUCACGGAGCGUCGACGGCUUCUUCCAGCGUUCCUUCUACGGCUCCGACCACCCCGGGCUUCCAGUCGCCCGGUUGCAAUGUUUCGGAUCCCAUGCUGGCGGUCCGCAAAGUUGGCCAUCCCGUUCAUGCGACGACUUCGAUCGCCUUACCUCAUCACAAGAAAAAGUUGACUACAUUUAACCUUUGGGUCAACAUGCCGCAUGAAAUCAGAAUCCAUGUUCUCUCGUUUCUCACCCCCAAGGAGCUGGUUCGCACAUCGCGUGUCAGCAAGGACUUGUAUAAUAUGUGCUAUGACGGGCAACUCUGGACGAGAUGUGACGCCUCGGAGUUCUAUCAACAAAUACCAGCCGAGGCACUAGCCCAAAUCAUUGUAUCAGCGGGCUCAUUCAUUAAGGAUCUCAACCUUCGAGGAUGUGUGCAGUUGGAGCACCACAGACGCGCAGAGAUGGUGGUGAAAGCUUCUCGCAAUCUGGUCAAUGCUACCCUGGAAGGUUGCCGAAACCUACAACGGCAGACACUGCACGAUUUGAUCAAGAGGAACAACAGACUUGUCAACCUCAAUCUUACAGGCUUGCCAGCCGUCUGCAACACAACCCUGAGACUUAUUGCCGAGUCCUGCCCGCAGUUGGAGAUGCUGAACGUCUCAUGGUGCAAACACAUGGAUGCUAAGGCCAUCCAAACCGUGUUGGAAGGAUGCCCGAAGCUCAAAGACCUGCGAGUCGGUGAGGUCAAGGGAUUCAAGGACUUGGAAGUCGCAAAAUCCAUCUUUACCACCAACAACCUCGAACGCCUCGUUCUAGCAGGAUGCGAAGAUCUGAGUGACGCCGCGCUACAAGUCAUGAUGCACGGGGUGGAUCCCGAAAUCGACGUUCUCACAAACACGCCUAUGGUGCCACCUCGAAAACUUCGUCACCUCGAUCUUUCCCGAUGCAAUCGUCUCACCAGCCAGGGCGUUCAAGCCCUAGGCCACCUGGUUCCAGAGCUCGAAGGUCUAAUCCUCUCCGGUAUCACGACCCUGACCGACUCGGCAGUGGAACCGAUCCUAGCGUCUGCUCCCCGUCUUACGCACCUUGAACUCGAAGAUCUCGGGGAGUUGACCAACUCUCUCUUGUCCGAACACCUCGCCAAAGCUCCCUGCGCGAGCAAGCUCGAACACCUCAGCAUUGGCUACUGCGGCAACCUAGGCGACACGGGCAUGCUACCCGUCUUCCGCGCUUGCACAUCUCUCCGCAGCGUGAUUAUGGAUAACACGCGCAUCAGCGAUUUGGUCCUGGCCGAAGCAGCUUCUAUGGUCCGUCAGCGCGCGAUGGACGCCAGGCGUCGGGCCAUCUCUCUCAGCCCUCAGCAGGUCUCAGGCUUGCCAAAUGUCACUCUACACUUGACCGUCUACGACUGCGGCAACGUCACCUGGACCGGAAUCCGCGAAGUCCUCAGCCGAAACACCGAACCCAUGAAAAUUUCGGUUCCUACCACUGAUACUCCCUCCAUCACCCUUACCGAGGAACCAUCAUCAUCCGACCUCACAACCUCCAUGUUCGACACCGACAACAAAUCCGGCACCGCCACCACCACCCCCAUCAACCCCUCUCCCACCACAAGCACAACCGUUGGUACCACCACCUAUUCCUGCCCGCCCACGGAAACAAUUGCCCUAAAAUGCUACUACGGCUGGCAACAAACCGUAGACGAGCACACCAAGCGCGUGCUUCGCGGGUCCUUUCCCUCGGCUCGCCGUCUUGAGGCCAAGUGGGCGCAGUAUAUGCAAGCCGAGGAAGAGGAGCGGGCGGGCGGGGACGGUGCCGGAAGGAGGAGACGCAGGAGGAGAGCGAGGGAGGCCGCGAUGGUGCAUGCUAAUGAGGAGGGUCUGGGCCAUCUAGGUGAGGAUGGUGAGGAUGUUUGGGGGGCUGGAGGUGGUGACGAAGGGAUGGGAGUGGCAGGAGGGAGGAGGAGGGCUAGGACUGCUGUUUGUGUUGUUAUGUGA